GUACUUUAUCCUCUAAGUUAGCAAGAAAUGGGGGCGAAUGAAGGAUUCAGAGAAUUUUUUGAGAUGGUGGAACCUAGUAAAAAAAAAAAAAUCAAGCUUGGAAGGGUACUGGAAGAUGGUGUACGGAAGUGAGAAGCUCCCCAUCACCGUUUCCAGUGGCUGAUGACCUAGGAAACGACUUUACCACUAAAAAGCACCCAAAUCAUCAAAACCCUCCUUUACUUAUUAACUCCAAAAUCUGGGCAAAAUCCCACUCCCCUUAAUCCCUUCCUCCUCUCACUCUCUCUCUCUCUAGUUUCUACUCUCUCUCUCCCCCUACUCUCUCUACCCUGUAAAUGUCUUAGCUUCCGGUGUGGUAAUCAAGAAAGUGACAAACAAAAGAGAGGAGAGAGUGGAUUGAAUGGUGAACAAUAUGAGGAUCGUCAAGACCAUCGAUUCCUCUCAGAACCCAAGUCUAUGUGGAUUCUUGGUGGUCGAAUCUUAUCCCAAAAGGUACUCUUCAAAGAUCUCUUCCUCAGAUUUGGUCCUCUUCCUUGGCCUUGGAUUCAUCGAUUGGUAGCUUUUGUAUACACAGGGAAAAAAUAUAUAUAUCAAGAAAAUACAUAUCUGUUUGUGGGAAUUAAUUGGUUAUUGGGCCCUUGAUUUAUAUAUCUAUCUCUUUGUAAUAAAGCGUAUGGAUUUGAUGGGUCUGAUUCAGUGUUUCCCACCUGUGUUUGGAGGGUUUAGGGGGCUUGUUGGCUUAGGGUUAGAUAUAAUCUUUAUUUAGCGUUUGUUGUAUAUCUCUACCAUCCUCAGUAAUAAUGAUCAGAGAUUCAGGAGAUCUGCUCUUUCUUUUUGUUUCCUCUUUUCUUGAUUCCUCCAGAAAUCUCUCUCAAUAAAGUUGCCUUUUUUUUCUUCUCCUCCAAAUUUUGAUUUGAUCAUUUGAGGGUUCUAUAUCUUGUUUCAUUUCCUAGAUUCCAUACUCAAAUCCGACUAAUAAACUGGGCAUUUGAUAUUCUCCUUAAAUUUGAUGGCUUUUAGGGAGGUUUGUUGUGGGAAAUAAUAUUGUGAGGAAUAGGUCUAGGGUUUUUGAUGUAGGUGUUGGGGAGGUUGUGGUCUGGUGAUAGUAUGGUGGUGUUUAUGGGGCUGUUAUUUUGUUCACUUGUUCUGUUGGGAUGAAUAUUCAAAACCCAUUUGUGGAUCGUCUCCUGAGACCGAGGGAGACCAUUUGAGAUGGUAGAUUUAGUUCUGUUUAUGGAGAAUCACCACCUGUCCACCCUUCUGUCCAUGGAUUCAAGCGGCUCUUCAUCACACGACAUUGAGUUGAAUCACCACGGUGCUCUUAUGUGUCCCCCUGACAUCAAUUUGCCCCUUUCUGCGGAGCCCAGCCCACCUCCACAGCCGUGGAGCUCGGACCCCUGUGAUAUGCUUGAAGUUGGGUUGGGUCCACAAGUGUAUGAGACUGAGAGUUUUCUCAGUGUUCCCAAGGUCGGACGGAAAGGCGCAAAACGGUUAGAUUGCAUCUGGGGCGCUUGGUUUUUCUUUAGUUCUUACUUCAAGCCCGUCUUAAAUGAGAAAUCUAAGGCAAAGAUAAUAAGAGAUAGUAACGGGGUUUCUGGGUUUGGUAAGUCUGAUCUCCAGCUUGAUGUUUUCAUGGUUCAGCACGAUAUGGAGAAUUUGUACAUGUGGGUUUUUAAGGACAGGCCUGAGAAUGCAUUGGGUAAGAUGCAGCUGAGGAGUUACAUGAAUGGCCAUUCUAGGCAAGGAGAGCGUCCGUUUCCGUUUAGUGUGGAUAAGGGUUUUGUUCGUUCUCAUAGGAUGCAAAGGAAGCAUUAUAGGGGGCUCUCGAAUCCCCAGUGUGUCCAUGGGAUUGAAGUCGUCAAUGCCCCUGAUCUCAUGGGUCUUGAUGAGGAUGAGAGGAAAAGGUGGGUGGAACUGACGGGUAGGGAUUUGAAUUUUGCAAUUCCGCUAGAAGCUUAUGAGUUCAGUUCAUGGAGAAACCUUCCAAACACCGAAUUUGAACUUGAAAGGCCUCCUACGAUUAAGAGUAACCCGAUUCCAAAUCCUAAGAAACAGCUGAAUGGAUCCAGCCUGAAUUUGUCAACUCAGCCCUCUAACGUUAGUAAUGGUGAUUCAAUGGACUUGUCACCGGUUAGCAAGAGGCGGAAGGAGUUCUUCCCAAAUGGGAGCGAUAACACUGAAUGUUACUUGGCUGUUGAUCCUAACACUGAACGUGUUGUGGACAUGGAAAUUCACCCCCAUGAAUCGAACUGGUUGAAUGACUUCACUGGGGUGAUGAGGAAUGUUUAUGGGCCUGUUACAGCUGCAAAAACCAUAUAUGAAGACGAAGAGAGUUACUUGAUCAUGGUCAGUUUGCCUUUUGUGGAUCUUGAAAGGGUAAAAGUUUCGUGGCGUAACACCCUCACUCAUGGGAUCAUUAAAAUAUCUUGUUCAAGCACUUCUCGCGUGCCAUACAUAAAGCGGAGGGACCGAACUUUCAAGCUUACAGAUCCCUCUUCUGAGCACUGCCCUCCAGGUGACUUUGUUAGAGAGAUCCCACUUUCCACCAGAAUCCCCGAAGGUGCUAAUAUAGAAGCUUACUAUGAUGGACCAGGAUCCGCAUUAGAGAUUAUGGUGCCGAAACUCCAUGUGGGUCCCGAAGAACACGAGGUUCGCGUUUGCCUUCGCUCAUCUUGGGAGAAAUGAUCUUGUGUUGCCAUGAAAUGGGCAUCUUUUGAAACCGCAAGGAUGGUAAAUUGGUGUUGCUUCAUUGUUUACUAACCUUUAUAUAAGGAAUGGUGUAAUCUGUGGACAAAAUAUGCAUCUCCAUUUUCCAUUUGUACUAUUACGUAAGUUGUUAUGGCUUUUUGUUCUCUGUUGGUUGUAGUCACUUUCAUAUUUACUCUCCUGUAUGAAUGCCUUGUUCAUGUCUA